AUGGACAAUAGUGGCCACCACACGGCGACCAAAACCCUAGCGACUCCUCCAGCCAGAGAAAGCCUGUCUGCCAGGAGCAACAUGAUCAGCACGCCCAAGCCCCUCGCCUUCUCCAUUGAGCGCAUCAUGGCGCGGACUCCAGAGCCCCGCUCCAUCCCCGUCCCGCAGCUCCUCCAUGGCUCCGUGGCCAAAGGCGACCCCAAGCACCCGCUGCAUCUCAACUCUUCCAUCCCCUGCAUGAUCCCAUUUGUCCCGGUGGCGUACGACACCCUGCCCAAAGCGGCGGUGGCCGGAGCGGAACCCAGGAAGGCUCACUUAGACUCCUCUUCCUCACCCUCCUUUAGCUGCGGCGAUCUCUUGAACUGUGCCCUGAGCUUGAAAGGAGAUUUCCCCCGCGAUGCCCUGCCCUUCCAGCAGUACAAACUGUCCAAGGCUUACCUGGCGGAGCGGAACAAGGUGGUGCUGCCGACCGUGGACAAGUACCCGGCGGGGGUGGCCUUCAAGGACUUAUCGCAGGUUCAGUUGCAGCACUACAUGAAAGAAAGUGCUCAGAUCCUCUCAGAAAAAAUCUCCUAUAAAACCUCUGAGAUCAGCCGCGGCUCUCCCAGCAGCAAGCCCAAAGUUUUCACGUGUGAAGUUUGUGGAAAGGUAUUUAAUGCACAUUAUAACUUAACGCGCCAUAUGCCAGUGCACACGGGAGCCAGACCCUUUGUUUGCAAAGUUUGCGGGAAGGGUUUUAGACAGGCGAGCACGCUUUGCCGGCACAAGAUCAUCCACACCCAGGAAAAGCCACACAAGUGCAACCAGUGCGGCAAAGCCUUCAACAGGAGCUCGACGCUGAACACGCACACUCGAAUACACGCCGGCUACAAACCAUUUGUCUGUGAAUUUUGUGGCAAAGGAUUUCACCAGAAAGGCAAUUACAAAAACCACAAGCUGACUCACAGCGGGGAGAAGCAGUUCAAGUGCAAUAUCUGCAACAAGGCUUUCCACCAGGUGUACAACCUGACCUUCCACAUGCACACCCACAACGACAAGAAGCCCUUCACCUGCCCCACCUGUGGCAAAGGCUUCUGCAGGAACUUUGACCUCAAGAAGCACGUCCGCAAGCUGCACGACAGCGCCCUGGGACUGCCCCGGCCCCCCGCCGAGCUGGGGGGGCCCGACCCACCGCCCCGCCCGGGCCGCUGCUGCAGGGCCCGCCGCCGCUCCAGCCCUGAGGGGCGGCCGCCCGUGCGAGCCCCCACCGCCUCUUUGCAUGCACCUGUUAAGCGGUGGAGAGAUGGUUUAAACAAAAAAAAGAAAAAGCGCCAAGCCAAUUUCUGCUGUAUUUAUUUGGGAUCUGUAUUACCCGAGCGGGGAACGCUGAACCACUUUAUAAUUAUUUCGAUGUAUAUAUAUCCCCACUGUGUUGAUCCUGUCCUGCCUCUGCUGCCUGCUGGUUAUCCCACCCUUCUUGGUUUCCUCCUCUCCCUCUUCCCCCUGAAUAUAGUAUCUAUAUGGACAGAACUGUUCUCUAUGUACGGAUUUGAAUUUCGGAUUGAUUCUUGCAAGUGGAGGGGAAAAAAAAAAAAGAAAGAAUUCGUUGACCUGGUGGAAAUAAACCUUUGCCGAGGAGUGACUGCGGCGGCGGGGCUGCGGUGCGGCCGGGCGGGCGGGGACCGCGGCGUUGGUGCUGCCGCACGGCAAAGCUCUCCCGCGUCCUUGCCAAAACACUGA